GUGGUAAUGUUCAUAUUAAGAAUUUCCCUUCUGUCAUGUUUGCUGUACUUCUGUUACUCAUGGAUAUAUCAAUUUUUUCUCAUCAUGAAUUAUCACCAUGAACCAAAUAUUUCUCAGGAUUCUUGCUGCAGUGAAGUUGAAUCUGAAGAUGAUUCAAUUCAUCCAUUCGAAAUCAGUGUUUCAGAACAGGACAUGAGAGAUAUUCAUUUGAGACUGAAUAUUUCCAGAGGUUUCACGCCAGCUUUAGAAGGAACACAGCACGAUUAUGGCCUGAAUGAAAAAGUCUUGAAAACCAUCCUAGAACACCUGAGAAAUUAUAAUUUCACUGAGAGACAACAUUUUCUGAACGCUUAUCCACAAUUCAUCACCAGAAUCAAUGGAAUGAACAUUCAUUUUAUUCAUAUCUCGCCAAGAAACUCAGACAAUGUUCCAGUGUUGCCGUUGUUGCUGCUGCAUGGGUGGCCCAGCUCUGUACGAGAAUUUUAUGAAGCCAUUCCUGUUCUUUUGGCUGGACAAGAUGGACACUUUUCUAUCGAAUUGGUCAUACCAUCACUCACUGGUUUUGGGUAUAGUGACGGGCCGACCAAACUUGGCUGUCACUCUCCUCACGUGGGGAACUUGAUGAGACUGCUCAUGGAGCGUUUGGGACACAGAAGGUUUUACGUUCACGGCAGCGAUUGGGGGGCAGUGGUAGCCACCGGUAUGACCACCAUGUUUCCGGAAAGCGUGAUUGGCCUGCACUCGAAUUUUUGUUUUUCACUCAGGUACAUCACCUUGCUGAAGACCGUUCUGGGUAGUCUAUAUCCUUCGAUGGUUGUAGAUGAAGAGUAUGUUAGCAAGAUGUAUCCACUAAUAACAGGCAUACUGAGAUUUUAUAUAUCAGAAAGUGCUUAUAUGCAUAUGUUUGGGACGAAACCGGAUACCAUAGGGCACGGAUUAGACAAUUCGCUGGAAGGACUUAUAUCUUUUCUCUUCGAAAAAUUCUCAAUUGGGAAGAAUAAACUCAACUUGCAUGUGCCUUCAGCGGGAGUUACUGAUAUCGAAGUGAUGAAGUUGCUGGAUAUAAUAUUAUUUUAUUACUGGUUCCCAAAAAAAGCAACAACUUCGGCCAGAUUCUAUAGUGAGAACUUGGGAAUAGAAGGACUAUUGAAUGGGUUACACAACUCACCGAUAAGUGACAGUGUGCCCUGUGGCUGCGCCUACUUCGAGGACGAUUUCAUUUACCAACCCCAAUCCUUCCUGAAAGACAAAUUCACUAAUCUGGUGCAUUACAGCACGUACAAGUCAGUGGGGCAUUUUGCGGCCAUAGAAGCAACUAAUUUACUAGCAGAUGAUAUUUUAUCCUUUAUAAACAAAGUGC